AUGUCUGUUGUUAUUCAUGGCAUGCCUGCAUCCGUCUGUACACGGCGAGUAAUAGCUGUGCUCGAGGAGUUGGAGGUGCCCUACAAGAUCAAAUUCGUCGAUGUUUUAAGUGGGAUGAACAAUACUCCGGAGCACUUAGCGAGACAGCCCUUUGGCAAGAUUCCAAUUAUCGUCAUGGACGAUGACUUAGUUCUCUAUGAAUCGAGGGCCAUAAGCAAAUAUCUAUGCACAAAGUAUUCAGAAAAAGCGUCGAAGCUUACUGUUGAUCCGACUGACGCCAGAGCCUUCGCCAUCUACGAGCAACUUCUCAGCGUAGAGGUUACUACCUUUGACCCAGCCGCCAAAGACUUGGUCAGCGAGAAGCUUUUCAAGAAAGUUCGAGGAGAAUAUGUCGACGAAGCAAAAGUUGCACGCCACCGAGCUGACCUUGAAGCGAUUUUGGACGUAUAUGAAUCCCGCCUACUUGCGACGUCAAAAUAUCUCGCUGGAGACGAAUUCACACUGGCUGACUUAUUUCACUUAUCUUGGGGCGAGUUACUCUCUGCAGCUGGCGAAACCGAUCUGAUAGAUAGCCGCCCAAAUGUCAAACGGUGGUGGGACAGCAUUCAUCAGCGCCGGGCGUGGCAAGCCGUCUUAGGUCGACGCGAAUAA